AUGAGGAAAGAUGGGUCAUCCCAGUCCCGGGCCCGAAAUCCAGUCCGGCCGGACGCAGGACUGGUCCCGUCGGAGGCGCGGGAGUCCCGCCGCCUCCCCUCCACACACCGCACCCGGGCCUGGGUGGAGUCCCCGCGCGCUGCGCCCCCGCUCCCGCUCCCCGGCCGGCCGGCCGCGCCCGGGGCCCCUCCCGCGAACCCCGGCCCCGCGGGCCUCCUCCUGGGCCUGGGCCUGGCGCUGGCCUGCCUCGGCCUCCUGCUGGCCGCGGUCAGCCUGGGGAGCCGGGCAUCGCCGCCCGCCCAGGAGCCUUCCCAGGGGGAGCUGGUGGCGGAGGAGGACCCGGACCCGCCGGAACUGCAUCCCCAGGCAGAGGAAAGCCAGGAUCCUGGGCCUUUCCUGAAGCGGCUGGUUCGGCCUCGCAGAACCGCAGCCAAAGGCCAGAAGCCUCGGGCUCGCAGAGCUGUUGCUGCCCACUAUGAAGUUCACCCACGACCGGGACAGGACCGAGCGCAGGCUGGUAUGGACGGGACGGUGCGCGGCUGGGAGGAGGCCAAAAUCAACAGCUCCAACCCCCUGCGCUAUGACCGCCAGAGCGGGGAGUUUCUGGUCGUGCGGGCCGGGCUCUAUUACCUGUACUGUCAGGUAAGCCCCACCUGGCCGCAUGGUACAGCGGGGAUGGGGGCCCGGGGGGCAGGGGCGAGCUAA